AUGUUGCUCGAGCAUGUCCUUACGCAUUUCUUUGCAAUCUCAGUGUUCGCGCUCCUUGUUACCGCACAAAGCGACAACAAAUGCGAAGAUGCCAGAUACACGUCGAAGCAGCGCGUCUUUGUCUUCACAGAUAUAAACAACGAACCCGACGACCAAAUGAGCCUGGUGAGGUUCCUGAUUUACGCAAACGAAAUGGAAAUCGAAGGCAUCGCCGCCGUCACCUCCGCCUUUCUCUUAAACUCGACCGACGCGCCCACGAUCCGCAACGUCAUCACCGCAUACGGAAACGUCACGGAGAACCUCAACGGCAACGUCCCCAGCAGCAACGCAUAUCCGAGCGCGGAAGAGCUCUUGAAAAAAGUCUACAAAGGCCACUCGGUCUACGGUCUUGAAUCACUGAAGCAAGACCCGAGCGCCGCUGCUCUCGCUCUUAUCGAUGCGGUCGACAAGUCCGAAAAGCCGCUUUGGAUCACAGCCUGGGGUGGGUUAUCAGUGCUGGCAGAGGCACUGAACAAGGUCUCAAACAACAGAAGCGCCAACGAUACGACAACCUUUGUCAAGAAACUCCGCGUCUACUCCAUCUCCGACCAAGAUGAUGCAGGACCAUGGAUCCGCGAACACUUCCCUGCCCUCUUCUACAUCGUGUCCAUCCACGCAUUCACAGACUUCAGCCAAGCGUCAUGGAACGGCAUCGGUGGCGAAGACUACCGGCACUUCGACAAGGGCGGACCAGACACGAGCCUUGUCACAAACGACUGGCUCGAGCAGCACAUCCGCGUCGGCGUGCUCGGCGCCUCCUACCUCAACUACUCAUACGUCAUGGAAGGCGACACGCCCUCGUUCCUCCCGCUGAUCCAGAACGGGCUCGGCGACCCCGAGCACCCUGAGUAUGGAAGUUGGGGCGGCCGCUACAAGCUCAUCGACUCUUCGGGGAGAACGCAGACGUACGGCAACACGGCCGACUAUGUCUACGGCAAGAGCGGCGAGCCGUUUUACAGCAGCUUUGCGACCAUUUGGCGCUGGCGAAAGGCUUACCAGCACGAUUUUGCUGCGCGCAUGCAGUGGACCGUCAACGCCGACUAUAAGAAGAACAACCAUCACCCGGUUGUUGUUCUCAACGGCACUUGCGGUCCGGCUGCCUAUGAAGUUACAUACAAGGCCGGAGGUGACCUCGUGCUCGAUGCUUCCGCGUCAUGGGACCCGGACGAUGACGACCUCGUGUUCAGCUGGCAGACGUAUCGCGACAUCACGGCAGUUAUGGACGGGACUCGCGCAGAGAUCUUCCCCAAUGUCACUGUCACAAAUAUGAACGAGCAGGGAAGUAUUGUAAAAGUUACUCCCCCUAGUCUCGGUCUCACUAUGCACCUUAUCCUCUCCGUCGAGGACAAGAGGGAUAUGGGACUGACGACUUAUAGGCGGAUUGUUCUUAGCCAAGGUGAAUAAGUGCUACCCGGGAAACUGCUGUAAUAGACUUUUGUGUUUUAUUAUGCUACUUAAAUGCAAAGGUUUUUUUUUUUUUUUUUUUUUUUUUUUUUUU